GAUGACAGUUUGUUUUUUCAAAUUUGACAUUCUAUUUUUUCGUGAAAUCUAAAAUAAAAUCACCAUGAACUUCGAUUCCGAUGAUCUGUACAAAUGGAUUGACAGUCAUACAAUCACCAGGCAAAAACGAAACCUCAAUCGUGAUUUCUCAGACGCCCUUCCUUUGGCAGAAAUACUGAAAUUCCACUACCCGAAGAUAGUAGAUCUGCACAACUACAGUCCUAAGAAUUCUUUCGCGCAGAAGUUGGCGAACUGGGAGAUGAUAAACAAGAGGGUUUUGAAAAAACUAAAGAUCAAUUUAUCCUCGGAAGAAAGGGAACAUCUAGCUAAAGGCACGCCAGGCGCAAUUGAGAAGCUGCUCAGCAUCAUCAAAAUGAAAGUGGAGAACAAAGCCUCUGGAGACACCGACACCGAAAGCAGCAGGAUUUACUACCUAGAAAGUGGAUCAAAUUUCUCCUCCAGAGAGGGAAUCGUUCCAAUAAAAAUAAAAAAUGGGACCAAAGUGAUAGACCGGAAAAUGGUCCCCAACCAAAUUUUCGACAAAAUGGAAAAAGAUCUUGCUGUUAAGGAAGAGACAAUUAGUGUGCUCAGAAGUAAGGUGGAUCAUUUGGAAAACUUAGUGAAAAUUAAAGAAGAGAGGAUAAAAGAUCUCACUCAGCAGUUACAAGCGGUUGUGAAUAACAAUUCGGGAUCUGAGUCUUCUUCGAAUAUGUUAUCCUCUAAAACGAGAUUUUUCAAUAAAAUAUUUCAAUAAAUUUUUCGGUUGAGA